UGCUUCCCCCCGGAUUCCAAAGCCCCCCCGGCCGGCGCCCAGGGCGGGGUCCCGGCGCCACCCCCGGAGACCCUCCUGGUGGCCACGGGCGACGCCGAGGCCGCGGCGGCUCCGGCCCUGCCCGAGGGGGCCCCCCCGGCCCCCACGGGACCCCCCGGCCCCCCGGGCCCCCCGUCGCCGUCGCUGUUCAUGGCGCGGCUCCCGCCCCGCGCCGGCUCCUACAUCCAGAGCGAGCACAGCUACCAGGUGGGCUCCGCCCUGCUCUGGAAGCGCCGCGCCGAGACCGCGCUCGACGCCCUCGGCA